AUGUUCACCGGCAUCGUCGAGAAGAUAGGCACCGUCUCCAAGCUCGUCAAACACGAUGAAUCAUCGAGCGGCGGCGGAGGUACCUCCCUCACCAUCAGCGACUGCGCCGAAAUCCUCGACGACUGCCAUCUGGGCGACAGCAUAAGCAUCAAUGGCACGUGCUUGACCGUGACGGAGUUCGAGAAGGACUCGUUCAAAGUCGGGGUUGCGCCAGAGACCUUGCGUAGGACUAAUCUCGGGUCGCUGAAGGAGGGCAGUGGAGUCAACCUUGAGCGAGCUGUGAGCAGUACCACGCGCAUGGGAGGACACUUUGUCCAAGGCCAUGUUGAUACGAUCGCAACAGUCUUGGAGACCAGACCGGACGGCAAUGCUGUGACGUUCCGCCUGCAGCCCAAGGACGAGAGCGUGCUGAGGUAUAUCGUCGAGAAGGGAUACGUCACAUUGGAUGGUGCUUCUCUCACGAUUACUGCUGUGAACGAUGACGAAGGAUGGUGGGAGAUCAUGCUCAUUGCAUAUACGCAAGAGAAGGUGGUGCUGGCCAAGAAACAGAAGGGAGAAAAUGUGAAUGUCGAAGUGGACAUGGUGGGAAAGUACGUCGAGAAGAGCGUGGCUGCAUACUUUGAGACCAACUCUGGCAAUGGCGGUGCUAUGCUGGAGAAGAUGGUGCAAAAGAUUGUGGAUGAGAAAGUGAAAGCGUUAAGAUAG